UUUAUCGGGAUCGUUGUUUCUGGACGUGUUGUAUACACUUCCUGUUCGGCGUGUCACAAGAUUUUUACACACUUGAAAAGAUUGAUUCAUUAUUUGAUGAAACAAGGAAAGAGACACAAGAAAAUGAAUUAUGUUGAUAUUUUUUGGGCAUUUCUUGUUCUUUUGAUGUAUCUGGUGGAUGUAUCUCAGUCUGACUGUAAAUUCCCCAGACAUGGUCCUAAAGUUAGCGAUAAAGAUCUUCAGAGGAGGAUUCAACCUCUAGUGGGAAAAACAUAUUUUGGUACAGAUCGAACUAAUUCCUACAAAUACUUCUUUGGUGUGUGUACAUUAGCUUCAAACUUGGACAGGAUUAAAGCGCUAAAUAUGCCAUAUGGAAUGGUGCAAGAAACACAGAAUGAUGAAACCAAAAAGUUUUAUGGAAUAGGACAAUACACAAACUCUACAAUAAUUCAAGGAAGAGAUUGGGUAAUACUGGAAUACCUAGAUGGGCAACCAUAUGGCAGUCAUUGUGGUUCAGAGCCAAGGAGAGCAAGAGUGAUGUUUAAUUGUGAUAGUAGUGUUGCAAUAGGAGAUGAACAGCUAGUGAUAUAUGAAGAAGAAAACAACAAAACUCAAGAAUGUUUUUACCUGUUUGAAAUGAAGACCAGUGUAGUAUGUCCCACGUCAUCAUCAACACCAGGCCUCAGUAUUGGGUCCAUUCUUGUCAUUGUGUUUGUGUGUGUGCUGUCCUUAUAUCUUAUUCUGGGGUGUGCCUACAUGCGAUUUGUUCUUCAUGCUAAAGGAAAAGAACAAUGUCCAAACUAUUCAUUCUGGCAAGACUUUGGAAAUCUUCAAGCUGAUGGCUGUGACUUGGUGUGUCGAUCCAAGACAUCCUCUGGAUCCCGAUCAUACAAAGGUAUCGGAGAUGAUCAGCUAGAGGGAGAGGAGGACAAGGAUGACCAUCUUCUACCUAUGUGAUUUCUCCUCUUUGACCAAUCGCAAAGAUGGAUAACUCCUUUCUCUAUCCAAAUGUUUCAUGCAUUCCAAAGUGGUUUUUCCUUCCUGAACUUCUUUAUAUUAGGGAGAAUGGGAUACACCAAUUUUGUACUAAAUUUGAGUUCAAGUUUUCCAAGAUUGAGCUUUACUUUUUGCAUUUCUUUAACAGAACUCAUUGACUUUACUCAAAUACUAUAACUUAUGUUUAAAAAUGGUUGUCAAGGCUUUGAACCCUUUUUCACAAUCCCCCCCAAUUAGUUUUUCCCUUUUGAGGGUAAUUUUAAAAUCUAGACUUUUUCAAGUUUAUAUUUUUUAAAACACAAUUGAACAUUUUCAAAUAAUAUUUUUCUUUUAGCAAUAAAUUGAUACCAAUUUUUCUUUAGAGAAGCUCACACACACACACUAGAGCAGAAUUAUUUUGUUUGAGCCAUUUUUCAUGAACUAAAUCUAGCUCUUGCAUGAUAUUGUAUACAGUACGUGGUUUUUGCUCAAACAAGUCCAUAACAUUGACUGUAAAUUCUGGAACCCGUGACAACCUAAUAAGAUUACCAUUGUCAGAAAAAGAAUUAAUAUUAUCUGUUUGUGUUAAGAUUUAAGCUUUUGUUAUUGUAGCUGCAAGCAACCUAAGCGCUAAAGCUGAGAAGAUGUAUUGUAUGUAAAUGAGAUUUUGUGAAAGGUGCACCUGGUACAUGUACAUGUAUGAUAGCUAGUUUGUGGAUGAUGUUUUGAUGGUUUUGUGCAGAUAUUAGUUUUAUCUGCAAUGUUAUAAAACAACUUAAAGAAGACAUCAAAGAAGUAUUUUAUUGAAUGAUUCUUUGGUUGGGUCACCAUAUAUCCAUGGUAACAGUGUGUUUGUCCAUCUAGUUUAUAGUUUAGAACACAAUCUAAUCAGGUAUAUUAAGUUUUUUGCUACAUCCUGAAAGCAUUUUGUUUGUUAAAACAUGCAUUUUGAAAUCCUAAUAUUUUUUUAGCAUUAUUUGUGCGGUUUCUUUUGUGUUUUUUUUUAACUUGAUAUAUGGCAGAGGUUAUAAGUGCGUCUAAGUGCGUCUAAAGUACCAGCUAUGUUGCCAUCAAAGCAAACUUAAUGCUCAGAGUACUGUAAAUUCCUAAUUAAACGCGCGGAAUUAAUAUCCGCGUAAAAUCGCGAGAAGUUUGUCUAGCGAAUUUUAAAAUCUCGCUUUUAAUUUACAGACAUAUGUUAACUACAUGAAACUAUGAUAAAAUUUCGGCAAUCGCGAUUUGAUGGAAAACUGUUGAAUCGCGGUAUUAAGUACUCGGGUUAAAAGAAGGAAUCUACAGUACUGUAAAUUCCUAGUUAAACGCGCGGAAUUAAUAUCCGCGUAGAAUCGCGAAAAGUUUGUCUCGCGAAUUUUAAAAUCUCGCUUUUAAUUUACAGACAUAUGUUAACUACAUGAAACUAUGAUAAAAUUUCGGCAAUCGCGAUUUGAUGGAAAACUGUUGAAUCGCGGUAUUAAGUACUCGGUUAAAAAGAAGGAAUAUACAGUAAACAAGAAAUCAAUUUUCUUUGAUUUGGGUACAUGUGUAUGCUUUACAUGUCUUCAUGUGCAAAAGAGUUGAACAAAUGAUUUUAUUGAACGAUUGUGGUUCUGUUUAAAUACUCAUGCAAUGUGUACAAGGUCAUUUAACUUCUGGUUCAGAGUUUAUAAGUUGAUGUUUAUUCAUUAUAAUCAAUUUUAUUGUGUCAAACGCAUUAAUCCCUGUGUUUGAAAUAAACAUUUCAUUUUGUAAUUUUA